GGACGGAGGAAAAAUGACAUUUUUUGUGUUAAAUCUAAGAAAAUAUAGUAGUACUUCGAUAAUUGUCGCAGGCACUUGGUGUAAACAAAAUACAUUUUUAAAACUAUAUUCUAGUCUAGUAAGUCUUCUUAAGCAACUAAACUUCCUUCCUUAUUCUGGUUUAGCUGCUAAAAACACCCAUUUAGUAUUCUGAGCAUCUAAAAAGGCUAAGCGUUACUUCCUCGUCUAAUCAGAUACCAGUUGCUCAAACAACGACUGAGAGCAGCGCUUUUCUGUCCUAAAAUAAUCUGACACGCAUUUUGUGGUUUGAUUUAACAUUGGACAGCAGAUCGAUUGGGAAUCAGUUUGCUGUUUCUGUAAAAUUCAGAUUCAAGCAAAGAAACGUUUCACAGUGCUGAUUGCUAUAAAAAUGACGUCACUCCUUAUAUUUUGGACUCUUGUCUUGUUGCCGGUUAUUGACAGCUCAGACGUCAUUCGGGUCAAUGUGACUAUGUUCUGCUCUGGGAGAGUCGAGGUAUAUUAUGGUGGCGAUGUGGGGACGGUGUGUGGUGAUGACUGGAACAAGAGCGGUGCCCAGGUUGUGUGCAGAGAGCUGGGCUGUGGAGACGCUGUAUCUGCUCCAGGAAAUGCAGCGUUUCGAAGAGGGACUGGUCCUAUCUUGGUGUACAAUGCAACAUGCACAGGGUCUGAGUCCUCUCUCAUGCAGUGUGUAAAUCCGAGUCUCGGAAGAGAUCAAUGCACCCAUGCAGAGGAUGCUGGAGUUGUUUGUUCAGAUUCCUCAAUGAAACCUAACCUAACAGUGCAUCUUGUGAAAUCGGGUGAACUGUCUCUUCAGUGCCGGUGGUCCGGUGAAAUGCGACGCAAAGACAACUUUGUCCUGCAUAAAAAUAACACGAGAGUGGAUAAGAGACCCAAGGACACAUUUUACAUCAAAACAGAGACAAGCAAUAGCGGGAACUACACGUGCUUUGUCCGCAAAAAAGGACGGUCUUCAAAUACCAGCGACUCUCUACAAAUCACAAUAAUAGCUCCUCCCACUCUGUCUGUGAACAGCUCUGUGUCUGGGAGAGGAGCGGAUGUGACGCUGCAGUGCAGCAUCAGCAGCUCCUAUCAGAGCCCUGGCUCGUUUAUUCUUUACCGGGACCGCGAGGCGGUGCUGGAGCAGGUCGUGCCGGGAGGAGACCAGAGCUGCACCUUCACCCUCACCCGCACCACCACACACGGACAGCAGGGGGAGUACUCGUGCCGCUAUUGCACACAGUCCCCGACCGGAUGGGUGUUCACAGAACUAUCUGCACCUGUGAACAUACCUGCACAUGAUCUCAUCACCUGGAUUGCUAUCGGGGCUGGUUCAGCGUUAGGACUGGUUCUUGUCUUGUGUGUAACAGUUCUGUGUGUCCGCAGAGUCAAACGAGGCACCGCAAACAACAGACCGUUCCCAUUGCAGAGCUCAGAGAUGUCGCAGACACGUCAGCCAGAGAUCGUUUACGCGACUUUGAACCCAGACGCUCUGAGAAAGAAGGACCCGAUGACUCCUGUUAUGAAGGAAGAACAGUCACUUUAUGCAUCUGUCGUCGUCAAAUAGUAAUUCACAAACUAGGAGACUGGGGUUCAAAGGUUCUGUUGGGUGGCAUGGUCGCGUUGUCACAUCUGAGGACUCGGUUCAAUUUUGAUGGUUCUUGGCCGAAUUUGAUAUGCAGAAUAUCACAAUUGUACAAAUCCAUUCUAUCUAUCUAUCUAUCUAUCUAUCUAUCUAUCUAUCUAUCUAUCUAUCUAUCUAUCUAUCUAUCUAUCUAUCUAUCUAUCUAUCAUCUAUCUAUCUAUGGCAAAAACUUUUCAAUCACCCUAUAGAAUGAACUCAUUCUGCUUCAUAAAGUGGAAUGAAACCUGCUGAAUAAUGUUACGUUCACAUAUUGAAUUGCACAACAGCGCUUUGGUGUUUUCCCCAGAUAUUUCAACGAUAAACUAACACAUUGAAACAUCUGAUAUUUCGAAAUCUAACAUGAAAUACUACUGUGACUUCUGCAAUAUCAUUUUGUAGUUUCUUUGAUUGCAUGAUGUUAAAUAGAAUAUCAAAAUUAUGUUCUCAUAUAUAUAUAUAUAUAUAUAUAUAUAU